CCGCUCUCUUAGACAAAGCAAUUCUAUCUCGUUUUCGUACACUAAAAUAACCUAGCAGCCGGUCGCGGCGAUGGAGCAGAGCAGCGACGCUCCGACGGCGCACGCGGCUGUUUUCGAUGCAACGCCCGCUGCUCCGCGGGAACAUCAUAAUAGUGGUCCUACAACUAACACCGAGGUGGGUCCAGCUAUUCCCACCAUCCACGUGUCGCGCGCGCCGUCCGAGCGUAUUUCGUAUGCGCCGUCCGAUGUGAGAGGGGUGACAAUUGCGGACUUCCGCGACACGGUGUAUCCCUCAAAUUACCGCAUGUCUGCCAUGCCAUCCGAGAUUGUUCACGUCACCAGCGGAGGCGCUGCUAGCCCCGGCGACAGCGGGGGCGAAGAGCUGGUGGUAGACGCAAAAACCUCCAAUACUAGUGUGGCACUCGUCGACCAGAGUGCGCGGGAAACGCGGCAAGUGAGCAGCCGCGCUAGUUCCACCGUGUCGUCUGCGAGCAGUGGGGGAGCAGGCGGGAAAAAAAGGAAACCGGAAAUGCCUUCUGUUGCCGGCGAAAAUCUAAAUCACGUAGACCAUGUUGAUGACGCAGCAAUGGACACACUGGGAAUUAUGGAUAAGCAACCACAGUCGCCCGACCAUACCGGAAGCGAAGCCUCUUCUGGGGUGGCGGCCGAUAUCGGCUUGCUGGUCAAAAAUCUGCACGAGCGACGGGACACGGACUUGCAAAAAAUGCACACGGAGUGCGAGCGAUUGCGAAAGGAGCUGGAAGAGAAAAAUGCGGAGUUGGAGCAUUUACGUGCGGAAAAACUGCUGAGUGCCGCUUUGUCGGGGGCUGACGGGGAGACGGCUGAUUUCAAGGCGGACUUGGCGAGUAAGGCACAGGAUCAGGUACUAAAGGAAAAGUUUACAGAUGUAGUCGUGCACUCUGUUUUUGAUUGAAGGUUUUUUUCCAAUUACUUCGUCGAGCAGCUGCAGGUGGCACGCAGUCGCUACAGUCAACAACUUGAACAACAAACGUACAAACCAACCCCAACACCUUCAGCUUCGCGAACUUGCCUCUGCCAGCGCGAAGCGUAUUUCGCACCUGGAAGAGGAAAAGCUGCGCGCGCGACUGGAAGGCGAGGAGAUCCAGCGCAGUGUAAGGGAGCAGCUCUUGGAAUUGGAAACCAUGCGACUCCAAGUAGAGGAAACUGAGCACGAAAACCAACGGCUGCUGCUUAAAGUCGAGGCGCUCGAGGCUACAAGUAAGUGCUCCGGCUUCACAUUUGUAAAUGUAACAGAUACGUGUUUCAUCUUUUUCGGAUGAUAUAUACCGGUAUUACAGGAGUCGUUCGAUUUUCGUCAGAAACAAGUGUACAAGAACUCAGCAUUUCCUUCUUUCGCUCGACAGCCGUCGCAUCUUCUGAUAAAGGACAUAAGACGAGCAAGGGCACCCACUCAACGACCUCCCCUCGCAAGAAGACGACUUCCAAGGCAAACGGUGGGUCCCCCGCCUCCCCCGAUCAAGCGCUUCGCUUGGAAAGGCUCACGCAGCGCUGCGAAAAAGCUGAGGAGUUGUGGAAACAGGCGGAAAAGCGGGGCGCGACACUGGAGGCGGCGAUGCUGGAGUAUCCAGGAAAAAACACCCGUCCACAUCCAAUUUGUCAUGGAGAACAUGCAUAAAUUGCAGUGUUUGUCAUGCAAAAAAUGGAUGUGGAUGGGUUUUUUUCCUGGAUAUGGAGAAGGAAAAGCACCACAAGAAGUUCUCGCGGAAGCUUGCUUUGCUGGAGAAGGAGAACGAGCAGUUGCAAAAACGCAUUGAAAAACAAAACCGGACGGAGCUGCUGGUGGAAGAUUUGCAGAAGCGCCUCGACAAUAACUACAGCGCACUCGCGGUCGCGCAGCAGCAUAAUUCACAGAGUCCUUGCGAUUAUAUCGUCGCAGGGUCAGCGGCGGCGCACAGUGCUCCUGCGGCAAGAUCGCAGUCGCCGACAUCAGGUAAAAAUCCUUUGUGGCUCUCGACGGGACAACUUCGCUCUCCCCGCGAGUUUAUCCCCCGGGACCGCGGGCGCUGGCCGGAGAAUAUCCAGCAAACGGAGCUGCUGCACGCGGAGCAGAUCAAAAAUCCGGAGAACAAGCAAUACGCCGCGAUUCUGGAAGAGAAGGAAACGUUACAGCAGCGUCUGCAGGAGCUGCAGUCCGCCAAAAAACUAAAGAGCGAGCUUGAACAGGGUGAAAAAGACGCAAGCGCAGCAGCAACAGCGACAGUUUCGAUGAGGACCCCGCGAGACGCCGCCGUGCCGAGUUUCUACGUUUCGAAGACACCGACGACGGCCCCGACGUCUCCGGACGAGGACAAUAAUUCGACAAAGGCGCACGACUCCCGCCUCGGGCUGUACUCUCCUGAUAUUAAAUCGUCGAAGCGCACCCGUUUUAACCGCAAAGCCGGGUUUCCCGCAAACUGCUUUUCUACUAAUGAGCCCGGGUCAUCUACUCGCGCCUGUAGCAGUGCGCCUGAGCAGGGUGGACCACGACGGCGAGAGAGAAGCAAUAACCCAACGCCGGGGUUUUUGACCACUCCGACUGCGCGGGCGCGGACGCCAACGCCGACCGGCCGCGGGAGAACGAAAAAGGUACCCAGUCAAGAACGACGGCAACAGGCAACGGGUUCUACUGAGAUGAAUGGUCCACGAGGGAGAGGGAGUAGUGCGAAGAAGCCGCCGUUUUUGCUUGGUUCUGGCCGGAGCUACAGCAGCACCCCGAUGUGCUCGCCGCGGGGAGUGUACGGUAAUGUGGUCAGACAAGAGUUGAUCAACGUUCCACCAGCGUCAGUGCUGCCGAGCAGCGACUACUUGUGGUAAAAAAGUCUGCAGUAAUCAUUGCACUUAUCGUGCAAACCAUAACCACACACGGUUUUGUUUCGGAGAACUCUCUAUCACUAUUUCACACUUCCAAAUGAACGACUACCUCCACUACAUUGCAAACAAGAGGAGACGAAUGCCUUUUUCAUGUGAUGCAUAGAAAUAAAGAAUUUUCAAUUUUGCAAGCCGUCGCGAACCCAUGAGUUACAAGUUUUCAUGCCUAGGUUGUUUAACAGUGUGUUUUUGUUUUUGCUUUGCUGACAACUUUUCUUGAGCUUGGCGAUGAGGAGCCGUUGUGAGCCUGUGUAUUGUAGUGUAUCCAAUUCAAGUGGAGUGUUAAAAAACGAAGGCCCAAGAAGUUGGGCGUCGACGAGACAGCGGUGGUGUUGUUGACAAAUGCCAAUGUGAAAGAUUGUUCCACCAUCAAUGUACUGACACUUGAGAACCCAGAACUUUCGCAACAUAAACACGAAGGAAAAAAAGAUCAUCAUCCUGUGGAGCGAAC